AUUAUUACUUGUAGACAGCAAAAGAAACAUACAGGAAACCAGAAACCGUGAAAAGAGAGAUGGAUUGGUUGGUUUCGAUGCCGAAGGUGGAGCUACACGCCCACCUCAAUGGGUCCAUCAGAGACUCCACUCUACUGGAACUUGCUAGGGAUCUGGGUGAAAAGGGUGUCAUAGUUUUCUCAGAUGUUGAGAAUGUUAUCCUGAAGACUGAUCGUUCACUUAUCGAAGUGUUCAAGUUGUUUGAUCUGAUUCACAUCCUGACUACUGACCACAAAACUGUUACAAGAAUUACCAAAGAAGUAUGAAAUCCCUCAGUUUAAUUUUGUCAUAUGAACUUGAAACAAUGAUUUAUUCAUGUUUUCCAUGAAUCAGGUUGUUGGAGAUUUUGCGGCCGAGAACGUUGUUUAUUUGGAGUUAAGAACAACUCCGAAGAGGAAUGAUUUGAUAGGGAUGAGCAAGCAAUCUUACAUGCAAGCUGUGCUGGAGGGUUUAAGGGCUGUGUCUACUGUGGAAGUUGAUUUUGCUUCUCAUGAAUUGAGCACGGAAGUUCCUGUGAAUUCUCCUGAUAUGAAUGAUGUCUGCCACAGAACCGAAAGAAAGAAGAUAUAUGUUAGGCUUGUUCUCAGCAUUGACCGUCGUGAGACUACUGCAGCAGCGAUGGAAACUGUUGAGCUUGCACUGAAACUGAGGCAUAUGGGGGUAGUGGGUAUUGACCUUUCUGGCAAUCCUAUCAUUGGUGAAUGGUCAACAUUUUUGCCAGCUUUGAAGUUUGCUAGGGAGCAAGGUCUGUUUAUCACUCUCCACUGUGGCGAGGUACCCAAUCCGGAUGAAAUUCGGGCAAUGCUAGACUUUCAGCCUAGAAGACUCGGCCAUGCUUGUUGCUUUGAAGAGGAAGAAUGGAGAAAGUUGAAGUUGUCCAGGAUCCCGGUUGAGAUUUGUUUGACAUCCAAUAUUCGAACUGAAACAAUCUCUUCCGUCGAUGUUCAUCAUUUUGCUGAUUUGUAUAAUACAAAACACCCAAUAGUCCUAUGCACUGACGACAUGGGUGUGUUUUCUACCAGUCUUUCUGACGAAUACAUCCUUGCUGCAUCAGCACUUGGUCUUGGAAAAAGGGAGAUGUUCGAGCUAGCAAGGAAUGCCGUUGACUUUAUUUUUGCUGGUGAUGAGGUGAAAAAGAAAUUGAUGGAAAUUUUCGCUUCAACUGCUAGGAUGCUGGAUUUUCAGUAA